CCCCAUUUAUACCACGGAUGACAUCGAGCUUUGUGCAACGCUCAUGGUGGUCAAGACUGACACACGCACGAAACAGUCAAGUGAAGUGAAGGUGGGUAGCAUCAUGCUGAAUAUCACACCUUUGGCUCAGGCGAGCUCUCAGGCCGAGGCUCAGCCCAUGUGGAAAUACUUGCACGAUAUGGCCGGCAACCACAGACAGAUGCUGAAGCGAAAUUCACACGCCACUCUGAGAAGGGAUGCGACGAAAGCCGGACAGCUUUGUCUGCAAGUCAGUUGCGACUACUCCAAAUUCUACAAGAGACUGACACUGAAGAAGACGAAGAAGAUGCAUUCUGAUGGGGCUUCGAUAGCACGUCGCAAUAGUGCUAGUGGUUUGCCCCCCCCUCGCCCCGCGCGUCAAGGGAUCGCUAUUGACCCCAGCGGCUUCAUUCCCUUAAGAGACUCGCCGUCGGAUGUGUCACAGACACUCGAGGAAGAGGAUGAAGAAGGUGACGACGACGAUGAUGAUCUGGAUGACACGUACAAGAAUGUGUCAGACGCAGUAUUGCAGAAGAAACAGCAGGCCAUGACUACGACAUGGAAGAUGAAGCAGCAGAUCAAGAAGAUCAAUGAGGAUAUUGAGAACUGCCCCGCCGAGAAGGUUGCAACAAAGAAUGAUCUGGUGACUCAGAGAGAUGAGCUGCUGACGAAUAUCAAGAAUAUCGAGCAGGCGUUGGGUGUGGAGGUAACUGAGGACCAGUUCAGGAAGAAAGCGGCGAUGAAGCGCGAGGUCGACGCACUCAGAAACGGGCCAGGUUCGCCAAAAGCUCCGGUAACAACGACUCGGUCCACGCUAACAGGAAAGAGAGCCAUCUUCGAAAGAAACUCAGCUAUGAGACGAACAGUCUCAGGCAAGCCCCCAUCCGAUGCACCACCUGGCAGAUCCAGCAUGAAGUCAAACUUGAGUCCCACGACGGAACAAUCGGGCGGAGAGACCAGGCAUACGACAUCUCGACAUCAAGUACCAGAGCGUGCGGCUCUAGACGACCACGCUUUGAGCACACGCAUAAGCGAGAAGGUGCACGCGUCGAUAAUGGAGGCGCUCAAGCCACAGUUCGCCAAACUGAGUGCCGUGGAGAUCAAUCUGGAGACGCUUAUCACCCAGCUCACAUCUCUGUCUGUGGCCAACAACGCGGCUGCCAAUCACUUGCGCACCCUCUCCAUCCAGGGCUCACAAACGCCCCUCACCGCAACCGCGUCCUCGGAUUCGCAGGACAGCCGGGCCUUUUCCCCGGCCCCACCUGCGAUCAUUGCACCUGAACCGGCCCCCAAAGCAGACCCAACACAGGCACCGCCACCUACCGCGGGUGCACCCCCACCACCCCCACCCCCCCCUCCCCCCCCAUCGAUGGAAUCUGAUACACCCACAGCAGCCAGUGGCCCACCGCCACCUCUUCCGCCACCGCCACCGGGAAUGAGUGCGGCUGUAGCAGCAACGGCUGCGCCAUCCGCACCGCCGAGUGUGGGAGAGCAGGACAUGCAGGUGCAGAUCCUGAGACUGCAACUGGAGAUGGAACGCAAAGACCGCCUCAUCGCCGAGAGGGAGCUGGACUGCGAGCGACGGCUCAAUGCCAUGUAUCGUUCGACGGGUGGGGGUGCACGCACGCCUCCACCUAUGGCUGCGAGUGGCGGACCUCCACCACCACCACCCCCGAUGCCCGCUGGAUAUCAGCCGUUGGUGUCGUUUGAGUCUGGAGCACAGACGCCUACACGCUCGGGUAGUGUUAUGAGUCUGCAGCACGAAAGCGUGGAUGUCGAUGGGCUGAUGGAAAAGAUGAAGGAGCUGGCCAAACUGGAUCAGAUUAUGAGCAUGUUGUCGAACUUGAACGCGGGGAACGCUGCCGGAGGCGGUGGUGGUGGCUCGAAGCGCACCAUGGAUGAAGUGCAGAAGGAAAUGGGCGAGCUUAUGGCCAUAAUCAUGAGCGAAGAUGCGGGCAGUGCGGAAGUUGAGGAUGCGAAUAUCAGAUACGAGAAACUGGUGCAGGAGCUGGAAAAACUGCCCGAAUUCAAGGCAAAGCUCAAAAAAGAGUACGACGAUUGGCACACCGAUAACAAAGCUGCCAAUGAGGAAGCCGUUGCGGCACUCACAGGGAAAUACACGACGGCGAUGGCCGCCACGGAUCCAGCCAUCCGAAAACGACUUGCACGCAAUCCCGAGCUGCUAUUGAUCGACGCAGAUCCUCAACAGACGAUGAACCGACACGUCAAUGAUUUCAAGACUUUCAUUCUCCAGGGGUGCAGCUCGCAGGAAUUGCGAGCUAUCUAUCACAAACUACCCAAAUUCCGAAACGACCAGGAUUUCAAAGAACGCCUCCGCUUGCUCAUUGACGAGACGGUCAAAAAAGAGGAGGAAUUGAGGAAAAAUCCACCGUUGCCUAAGAAGGCACGAGGCCCGCCCAGAGUGGCCGCAAGGAAAAAGACGCCAGCUGCAGGGGGUGGAGGCACUGAUUUCUUGGCCGAACUCAUGGCCAGACAGAACGCCAUCGAAUAG